CCGGCCGGCCCCGCUGCGGGUGGGGCGGGCCGUCCUGGGGGCCCGAGGUGCGUGCAGACGGGCUGUGCUGCCCUCCUCCGCGGGCCGGGGUCGUCUUCCCGGAGGGCGUUAGGACCGGAUCGCUGUAAUAAACGGCGGCCGUGGGGUGGGCGCGUGGGUGUGGGCUCUGGCGGCCGCUCGCCGCGUUUCACGUUCCUGUAGACAGAAGUCGUGAGUCACUUCCGAACAAUUCGGAAACGUCGGGUCCGCUGUAUCUCAUCCUGGAGGCUGCUGAAAUGCCCUGUUUGGUUCGUGGCGCCGCUAGGCUCUCUCGCGCAGUGUUUGGCUCCCAAAUACGUCUUGGGAUGUGUUGCUGGAGUCGCGUCCGUGGAGCAGAGAAGCUGCUCCUCACCGUCUGCUCCAUUUCGGGACAUGUGGCUCUGCUCUGCCAGCUGCUCAGAAACCAUUUGCUUUUGACUCAAGAUGAUUUGAUGUUAUAGUAAAACUCCUAACCAUGAUGGCUACACAGACACUGAGCAUAGACAGCUAUCAAGAUGGGCAACAGAUGCAAGUAGUAACAGAAUUAAAAACGGAGCAAGACCCCAACUGCUCUGAACCUGAUGUGGAAGGAGUGAGCCCUCCCGCCGUGGGGGCCCAGACGCCGAUGGACGCAGACAAGCAGGCCAUUUAUAGGCAUCCACUGUUUCCAUUGUUAGCUUUGUUGUUUGAAAAAUGUGAACAAUCUACACAAGGCUCAGAGGGCACGACUUCUGCCAGUUUCGAUGUGGAUAUUGAGAAUUUUGUAAGGAAGCAAGAGAAGGAAGGAAAACCCUUUUUUUGUGAAGAUCCAGAAACUGACAAUUUAAUGGUAAAAGCAAUCCAGGUUUUGCGCAUUCAUCUUCUUGAGCUGGAAAAGGUUAAUGAACUCUGCAAAGACUUCUGCAGUCGAUAUAUCGCUUGUCUAAAAACGAAGAUGAACAGUGAAACUCUGCUGAGUGGAGAGCCCGGAAGCCCGUACUCCCCUGUCCAGUCCCAGCAGAUUCAAAGUGCCAUCACAGGCACUCUCGGGCCCCAGGGGAUCGUGGUGCCAGCAUCCGCACUGCAACAGGGGAACGUAACCAUGGCAACAGUGGCAGGUGGCACAGUUUAUCAGCCUGUCACAGUCGUGACUCCCCAAGGCCAGGUAGUGACACAGGCGUUGUCGCCCGGGACGAUCAGGAUCCAGAACUCCCAGCUCCAGUUACAGUUAAACCAAGAUCUAAGCAUCUUGCAUCAAGAUGAUGGCUCAUCUAAGAAUAAGAGGGGAGUUCUGCCGAAGCACGCUACCAAUGUGAUGAGGUCGUGGCUCUUCCAGCACAUAGGGCAUCCGUACCCGACAGAAGAUGAGAAAAAGCAGAUAGCUGCUCAGACAAAUUUGACACUACUCCAGGUCAACAACUGGUUCAUCAAUGCCAGAAGACGAAUUCUUCAGCCAAUGUUGGAUUCUAGUUGUUCAGAAACUCCGAAAACGAAGAAAAAAACUGCUCAGAACAGACCGGUUCAGAGGUUUUGGCCCGACUCCAUUGCGUCCGGCGCUGCACAGCCGCCACCGAGUGAACUCACCAUGUCGGAAGGAGCUGUUGUGACGAUCACCACGCCUGUGAGCAUGAAUGUGGACAGCCUCCAGUCUCUGUCCUCAGAUGGGGCCACCCUGGCAGUACAGCAGGUCAUGAUGGCGGAGCAGAGCGAGGAUGAGUCUGUGGACAGCACGGGGGAUGGCGGGGCUGCGCUGGCGCCCACCCACAUCGGCGGGCUGGUCCUGGAGAACAGCGACUCCCUGCAGUAGGGGCCGGGCGCCAGGACCUGGGCGGACGGCCUGACUGUUUAUAGUUUGCACAGCAAACAUUUUACACAGUUUUAUUUCUAAUAUGUUUUAUAUGUAGAUAUAGAAGAGUGCACUUUUGUAUUUCAUAGUCGGCUUCAAGAGCGUCUUUGCUGGUGCAGCGACUUCUUUCAAGUGUGUGUGUAUGUAUGUGUGUGUGUGUGCGUUGUGUGUGUGUGUGUGUGUAUGUGGAUUUUUAAGGAAGUUCUUUAAAGGUUUAACGCUAAAAAUGUGAUGAACGACAAACACCCCUGUGAACCCCUGAUUAGAUUAAGGACUAGUGCUGCCAUUUUCUAAGAAAUCAUGCAGUUUUCAUUUAGUUCGGUGGUCACAGCAGGUCUCAGUGGGCUGCUUUACUGUGUGGCUCAUGGCUUUGAAAGAAGCAUCUGCACCUUAACGCUGCCAGUGUGAGGUGGAUGGCAACACAUGACAAUAAACUGAGUGUGACCUCGUGGUGAAUGUACGCGAUUCCAAUAUGCUUAAGUUCUCUCAUAUUCCGUGAGCCUGUUUCGUUUGCUAUAUAUAAAAAGAAUCUCCUAUUUUUACCUUGCUGGAAUUAUUGGAUAAAAAGCUAUUUUUAUAAAUUCGUUAUGAAUUGGAUUAUGACUAUAUUGAGGAUGAGAUUUCUAGAGAAGAAACAAUACAUGCUUACCAUUUCCAUUUGGAGUGUGCUGAAUUGACCAAAUUUAAUGAACCUGCCCAAAGUUAGCUAGCAGUCCAUGGUUCUCUGCUAUCCUAGGGUAGUAAUUGACAUUUACUACUGUAAAAGAAAAAGCUAUGUAAUGAAAUUAUCUUCAAAUUUUAAUUUAUAUGUAAAUGCUCAGAUUGUAGUUUACACUUGAUCUGAACAUAUAUCUAAAGGUAUUUGCUACAUAGGACUUAGGGACGUUAAGUGACAUGGUCGCCAGGAAUCAGUUGAAAGCUGUUACCAUACACAUUUCAGUCUAAUUUAAAUUUGACUACAGUUAAAUGGUUACUAUACCAUGUUAGCUGUGUAUUGCUCUAGAAUUUUUAGUUAGCCAUAUGUUACGCAUAGAAUGUUUAUUAUAAACUAAUAUAAAAUGUCCUCCAUCCCAUUGGCUCAGAGCUCGGGUGAAUAACACACACUCAGCUUUGUUACAUGAUUCACAGAUGUUCAUGCAGUGACAAAGAUGGACUGGGCCGUGAUGACGGCGCGAUGGCAGACUUCCCUGCCAUCGGCUCUCGCACGCUUGCUAUUGGCCCUGGUGUCGAUGUUUUCUCCUUGUACGUUGUUGCUUAGGAAUUUCCAGAGCCCUACCCUCUGGCUUGGUCAUAGGAGAGUUGGAAUAAUUUCAGGACUUCCGUUUCUGGGGACAGGAUGAACCAGAAGAGUAGACUGGGUUUUGUUUGCCUUGGUUUGUUUUGUGUUUGUUUUACUUGCAAGUGGGCUUUUUCUCAGAACACAGGCCCCUGGUUUCACAGAGAAAGUCUUUACACAAUCUUCAGUGGGAUGCCCAAAACUCAGGCGUUUCCGAGGGAUGGUUUUGCGGUUGGGAAGAUCGUCAGCUCUUGAGGUCCAGCACUAGCGAUUGUUUAUGGACCAGGGUUACACUGAGGGAUAUUUUGAGCUAGGGCAGAUUUUUUUCUGGAACUGACUUUUUCUCUAAAAUUUAUUAAUUUAAGUAAAUCAUAGGAGAGUACUUCCUAGAUAACUUAGAAGGCAGCAAGAAAUACAUAGAAAUUUCUUUUAAAAAAUUUCAUGAGCUUUAAAAGAAAAACUUGUCAACUCUUUCUGGGGAGAGAAUAACAUUUUUAAGCAGGUAUUGCUUUCCUUAUUUAUAAAGAGUUUUCAAUAUUUUAAGUCAAGUCUACACAAGUUUCCAAGAUCAUUUUAACUUCACUUAAAUUCUGAUGUUGUUGGACUUGUUAAGACGAGGCCCUGUGGAAGCCAGCAGCCGCCUCCUUCUCCCCUGCUGCCCGCACCCGCUUCCUCUGCCCAUCUCAGCCACGGGGCCCUUGCGCUUGGCUCAGUGAAAGCACUCGGAGUGGACUCGUGCUCGGGUCCUUGCUUCGUGCCCCCACCAGCAGUCACCUUCGCUGGGGCGGAGGUGGUUGGCUGAGUGCUGUGCAAACCAUGUCGGUUUGGAGACCGGGCUGUGUCGGGUUCGACCAGCCACGCCAGCCUGGGUUCCACCUUCCAUGCCCAGCGACACAGCGUCACUCUCUCCAGCUGAGGUCAGUUUUCUUGAGCCCUCAGUUCUUACUCACCACAUCCAGAGGAACAGGGUAAAGGUCACUUAGAGAGAGGGCCCAUGUGUGGACGUAGCCUGAGGCUCCUUUCACGUCUUCCCGUGACUGGCUAAGGUGCUUCUGAACAGCAUCGACACGGAGAGCCGUUUCCAUUUACAAAACCACUGCCCGGCAUAUUUGUGUUCAGUUUGCCUCUGUAGACCCCAUUUUCCAGCCCUCGGACAACCCCGCUGAGCUUUCAUUUUCAGUGAACAGAUUCGAUCCUGACUUUGCUCCUGUGAAAUCCUUCCUUAUGAAGGAUACUUUUGAAUGUGCUUUGAGACCCAGAUGAAGCAUGUUGUUAUCCCGGCUGCUCAGCUGUCAUACAGAGGUCCGGACGGGCUCUGCUGGAGCCCAGACAAGCUCCAGCUGACGGACUAGCUCAGCUUUCAGUGUUUGGUUCCAGAGGGUAAAAUGAAUGUAAGUAUUUGCCCAGUGUGCAGAGUGAAGUGAGCAGAGGCAGCAGCCAGCUCACAGAGCACAGAGCAAUGUCGCUAAAACCGUGCCCCAGAGGGUCCCAGGGGUCAUCUCUGUGUCACCUGUCAGCUGACCCGAUCCUUCCCUGUGUGAGAGGGCGUGGGGGCGCUGUUCUCUUUAGACACCCUCAAACCUCCCCAGAGGGUGCGGACGGUCCGUCUCUGGCAGGUGGUGACAGAAAUCACCCAGCGAUCUUCCUGUUGAGUCAUGUUUGUCCAUGGACUGACAAUCUUUAAAGUGUGAAUACUGUAACCAUAUGUUUUCUUGGAUUGUUGUCUUUCAAAGGGAUUUUUGUGAAGCAAUUGAUUUAUCAAAGCAAAAAAAUUAAAAAUAGAAACACGCUU